AUGGACAAGCUGCCGCCGUCCAUGCGCAAGCGACUCUACAGCCUUCCGCAGCAGGUGGGGGCCAAGGCGUGGAUCAUGGACGAGGAAGAGGACGCCGAGGAGGAGGGGGCUGGGGGCCGCCAGGACCCCAGCCGCAGGAGCAUCCGGCUGCGGCCGCUGCCUUCGCCUUCACCCUCGGCUGCCGCGGGCGGCACGGAGCCCCGGGGCGCGGCCCUCGGGGCGGCAGACGGCGAGGGGUCAGCCCGCGGCGCGGGCAAGUCCAGCACGAACGGCGACUGCAGGCGCUUCCGCGGGAGCCUGGCAUCGCUCGGCAGCCGGGGCGGCGGCGGCGCGGGAGCGGGGGGCGGCAGCAGUCACGGGCACCUGCAUGACUCCGUGGAGGAGCGGCGGCUCAUCGCCGAGGGUGACGCGUCCCCCGGUGAGGACAGGACGCCCCCGGGCCUGGCGGCAGAACCCGAGCGCUCCGGCGCCUCGGCGCAACCUGCAGCCUCGCCGCCGCCGCCGCCCCAGCAGCCGCCGCAGCCGGUCCCCGCCUCCUGCGAGCAGCCCUCGGUGGACACCGCGAUCAAAGUAGAGGGAGGCGCGGCCGCUGGAGACCAGAUCCUCCCUGAGGCCGAGGUGCGCCUGGGCCAGGCCGGCUUCAUGCAGCGCCAGUUCGGGGCCAUGCUCCAGCCCGGGGUCAACAAAUUCUCCCUGAGAAUGUUCGGCAGCCAGAAGGCGGUAGAACGCGAGCAGGAGAGGGUUAAGUCGGCCGGGUUUUGGAUUAUCCACCCCUACAGCGACUUCAGAUUUUACUGGGACCUGACCAUGCUGCUGCUGAUGGUAGGAAACCUGAUCAUCAUUCCCGUGGGCAUCACCUUCUUCAAGGAUGAGAACACCACACCAUGGAUUGUCUUCAAUGUGGUGUCGGACACGUUCUUCCUCAUCGACUUGGUCCUCAACUUCCGCACAGGGAUCGUGGUGGAGGACAACACAGAGAUCAUCCUCGACCCGCAGAGGAUUAAGAUGAAGUACCUCAAGAGCUGGUUCGUGGUGGACUUCAUCUCCUCCAUCCCCGUGGACUACAUCUUCCUCAUUGUGGAGACACGUAUCGACUCGGAGGUCUACAAGACUGCCCGGGCCCUGCGCAUUGUCCGUUUCACCAAGAUCCUCAGCCUCCUGCGCCUCUUGCGUCUCUCCCGCCUCAUUCGAUAUAUUCACCAGUGGGAAGAGAUCUUUCACAUGACCUACGACCUGGCGAGUGCCGUGGUGCGUAUCGUCAACCUCAUUGGCAUGAUGCUCCUGCUCUGCCACUGGGACGGCUGUCUGCAGUUCCUGGUGCCCAUGCUGCAGGACUUCCCCGACGACUGCUGGGUGUCCAUCAACAACAUGGUGAACAACUCCUGGGGGAAGCAGUACUCCUACGCCCUCUUCAAGGCCAUGAGCCACAUGCUGUGCAUCGGGUAUGGCCGGCAGGCCCCGGUGGGCAUGUCGGACGUCUGGCUCACCAUGCUCAGCAUGAUUGUGGGUGCCACCUGCUACGCCAUGUUCAUCGGCCAUGCCACCGCCCUCAUCCAGUCCCUGGACUCCUCCCGGCGCCAGUACCAGGAGAAGUACAAGCAGGUGGAGCAGUACAUGUCCUUCCACAAGCUCCCGCCUGACACCCGGCAGCGCAUCCAUGACUACUACGAGCACCGCUACCAGGGCAAGAUGUUCGACGAGGAGAGCAUCCUGGGCGAGCUGAGCGAGCCACUGCGGGAGGAGAUCAUCAACUUUAACUGCAGAAAGCUGGUGGCCUCCAUGCCGCUGUUUGCCAACGCGGAUCCCAACUUUGUGACCUCCAUGCUGACCAAGCUGCGCUUCGAGGUCUUCCAGCCUGGGGACUACAUCAUUCGGGAAGGCACCAUUGGCAAGAAGAUGUAUUUCAUUCAGCAUGGUGUGGUCAGCGUGCUCACCAAGGGCAACAAGGAGACCAAGCUGGCGGAUGGCUCUUAUUUUGGAGAAAUCUGCCUGUUGACGCGGGGCCGGCGCACAGCCAGCGUGAGGGCUGACACCUACUGCCGCCUCUACUCGCUGAGCGUGGACAACUUCAAUGAGGUGCUGGAGGAGUACCCCAUGAUGCGGCGCGCCUUCGAGACGGUGGCGCUGGACCGCCUGGACCGCAUCGGCAAGAAAAACUCCAUCCUCCUCCACAAAGUCCAGCACGACCUCAACUCAGGCGUCUUCAACUACCAGGAGAACGAGAUCAUCCAGCAGAUCGUGCAGCACGACAGGGAGAUGGCGCACUGCGCGCACCGCGUCCAGGCCGCCGCCUCCGCCACGCCGAACCCCACGCCGGUCAUCUGGACCCCGCUGAUCCAGGCGCCGCUGCAGGCCGCCGCCGCCACCACCUCCGUGGCCAUCGCCCUCACCCACCACCCGCGCCUGCCGGCUGCCAUCUUCCGGCCUCCCCCGGGGCCCGGGCUCGGCGGCCUCGGGGCCGGGCAGACGCCCCGGCACCUGAAGCGGCUGCAGUCUCUGAUCCCAUCGGCGCUGGGCUCCGCCUCGCCCGCCAGCAGCCCAUCCCAGGUGGACACGCCGUCUUCCUCCUCCUUUCACAUCCAACAACUGGCUGGAUUCUCCGCGCCGGCCGGUCUGAGCCCGCUCCUCCCCUCGUCCAGCUCCUCCCCGCCGCCAGGGGUCGGCGGCUCCUCCCCGGCGCCCACGCCUUCCACCGCCGCGGCCGCCGCCACCGCCGGGUUCGGCCACUUCCACAAGGCGCUGGGGGGCUCCCUGUCCUCGUCCGACUCGCCCCUGCUCACCCCGCUGCAGCCGGGCGCCCGCUCCCCGCAGGCCAGUCAGCCGCCGCCCCCGCUGCCGGGGGCCCGGGGAGGCCUGGGACUCGCGGAGCCCUUCCUGCCGCCCCCGCCCUCGGCCAGGUCCCCGUCGUCCAGCCCCGGGCAGCUGGGCCAGCCUCCCGGGGAGCUGUCCCCCGGGCUGGCCGCCGGCCCGCCGAGUACGCCAGAGACACCCCCGCGGCAGCCUGAGCGGCUGUCCUUGGCGGCAGGGGCCUCAGGGGGGGCUUCUCCUGUCGCCUUCACCCCCCGAGGGGGGCCCAGCCCUCCUGGCCACAGCCCGGGCCCUCCAAGAACUUUCCCAAGUGCCCCGCCCCGGGCCUCCGGCUCCCACGGCUCCCUGCUCCUGCCCCCUGCAUCCAGCCCCCCGCCGCCCCAGGUCCCCCAGCGCCGGGGCACGCCACCCCUCACCCCCGGCCGCCUGACCCAGGACCUCAAGCUCAUCUCAGCCUCUCAGCCGGCCCUCCCCCAGGACGGGGCGCAGACUCUCCGCAGAGCCUCCCCGCACUCCUCUGGGGAGUCGGUGGCAGCCUUCCCGCUCUUUCCCAGAGGUGGGGGCGGCAGCGGGGGCAGCGGGGGCCUCGGUCUCCCCGGGAGGCCCUAUGGUGCCGUCCCUGGCCAGCACGUCACUCUGCCUCGGAAGACAUCCUCAGGUUCUUUGCCACCCCCUCUUUCUUUAUUUGGAGCAAGAGCCACCUCUUCUGGGGGGCCCCCUCUGACUGCUGCUCCCCAGAGGGAACCUGGGGCCCGGUCUGAGCCGGUGCGCUCCAAACUGCCGUCCAACCUAUGAGCUGCGUCCCCUCCUUCCUCCUCUCCUCUUUUUUUUCUUUUUCUCCCUUCUUUCUUCCUUCAGGUUUAACUGUGAUUAGGAGAUAUACCAAUAACAAUAAUAAUUAUCAUUAAAAAACCCACACCAGAAAAACAAAAGACAGCAGAAAAUAACCAGGUAUUCUUAGAGCUAUAGAUUUUUGGUCACUUGCUUUUAUAGACUAUUUUAAUACUCAGCACUAGAGGGAGGGAGGGGGGAGGGGAGCAGGCAGGGCCCAAGUGCAAAAGCCAGAGGAAGGCAGGUGGGGUCUCUGGGGCUUGGCAGGGGUGGGGAUGACCCAUGUUUGGGGUUCCUAGCGCAGACCCGUCAUUGUAUUCAUUGUAGGGCAAUAGCCACCACUAGGCCCUUAGCUGUGAACCUGGAGCCCCACUCUGCUGGGAGUCAUCUCCGUUCCUCCAGGAAGGGCUGCCCAUGAAUUUGUUCCUAGGGACUCUCAGUUGCCUGAGUCCUGGGGACAAAUGGGCCAGGGUCCUGAGAGUCUUGCAUUUUUUUCUACUGCAAAUUUAGCAAGAUGUAUAUGUAUAUGUAUGUAAGAUGUGUAUAUGUAUAGCUAUGUAGCGCUCUGUAGAGCCAUGUAGAUAGCCACUCACACAUGUGCACAUGUGUGUGCAAUCUAGUUUAACCCCAUGUUGCCAGGACACCCAGGUCACCCUCCAUCCAGUAACCUGCCUUGGCCUGCAGGCUGGGCACCACAGGGCCUGGGGGAAGUAUCUUCUCCAGUCCUCAGGGAAGAAGACCCCAGGGCCUCUUGGCAGGCCUCCUCUUUCCCCUUCUCUGGUCUCAAACCCAGCCCCAGCCCGACCUCCCCCCAUGGAAGCAGAAGACUCCAGGCUGUGCCUCUCCUACGCUGUAGGGCCUCAAGCACAUCCCAUCACCUCUGCGGCCCUCAGUUUUCCCAUCUGUAGAAUGGGAGGGGAGGGAAGCUUCUAUUUAUUGAGUCUGCUCUGUGCCAAGCACUGGUUUAGCACUUUACACACAUUAACUUCUUCAAUUUUACAAAUUGAAGGAGGUUUAGCUACUUUGAUUCUUCCCAUUUCACAGACGAGGAAACCAAGUAUUAGUCAUUGUUCCAGAAUUGCAUAAUUACAAGUGGCAGAGCUGAGACUGAUCUGAGAUUGUAAUCCAGGCCUACCUUAGGCUAAAGCUGAUGUUCCUUUCAUUGGAAAAUUGUGUUGAGAGGAGCUGAAUUUGACACCCAUUCAGGGUAUAGAGGGAAGAAACCACAUUUUGGAGGUAAUCAGACCUGGAUUUCAAUCCCAGACCUGCCAUUUCUUAGCUGUGUGACUUGGAACAACUUAUCUGAGCUUCUGUUACCCGUCUGUAAAAUGGGAACACUCGUGGUACCACCUCACAAGGACCUAUGAGGACCAGAUGAGAAGUGUAGUACAUGUGACAUGCCCAGCCCAGCACCUGGCACAUCCCAUAGUAGGUGCUCAAUAAAUCACGUUUCUUCUGCCCCCUCAUGUGCCCAGCACCUUGCCCCGGUGAGCUAUGGUGAGAUCCCAAGGAGCUUUGGCUGCUGUCUCCAGGACUUACAAUCUUAGGACACAGGAGGUAGCUAGAACUUUCUAAGGGUCUAGGAAGGUGUGUGGCCAGUGGUGGGCUUGACCAGGCCUCCAGGUGUGGGAAGAUUAGAGGGAGGGAAGGAGGAAGCAGGGGGUCAGAUGGGGUGCACAGUGGGGAAAUGACUGAGGUAGAUGUGGAGUUGUGGAGUCAGGGGCUGUGGGAAGAGAUCCAGAGGCUGUGGUCAGAAGGAAGGCCUUAUGUGACAGGCUAAGGGAACUGACUUGGAUUCUGAGGGCAACCAGGAGCCAGAAGCAGGUCCAAAGUGGAGGCCAUUAUGAAAACAGCUCAGAGCCAUGGUUAGUGGUACAUCCACUGCCUAAAGGGUGGGAAGAAGUUUGGCUGCCAAGGCCUGAAUAAUGAGAGGGGCUGGUGUUGCCUUGUCCAUCUGAAACACUCCUCCACAUUCUUAAGCCAGAAUGUUGACGAGAUCAGGCUUUGUCCUGGGAUGUGGACAAAAUUUCUCUAUAGAUGGGUCACAGGGUGUGAGGCAAUAAUCCAGGAAAGAAAAGGGGGAAGGAUCCUGGGGUCUUCGGAAGAGCCACCUGGCCUUGGUCUCUGCUGGGCAGAAGAAGCCCCCUUGAGUUUUCAGAGCUGCACAUAGCAGCACCUCCUAUGAGUGCUGCUCGUAGAAAUUCGGCACCUACCUAUGGAUCCAAACUUGGUCUAGACCUGGAGGUGGCAGGGGGAGGGUGGGGGGGUGCAGGGCCAUGAGUAGUGAGGACCCUCCCUGCCACCAGGACUUGGUCUCGCCACCCUCCACACACACACAGACACACAGAUACAUACACACGCAGUUUAUGAAAGCUCUGACUCAGUCUAGCCACUCCAGAGACUGGGGAAGCCAGGUCUGGUCAGUGGACCCUUCCAUUCCCCAUCUCUCACAAGCAAUUUUCAAAUCUUCCACUUUUAAAACAGAAAACGGUAAAUGCACCGAGUUGUAUAUUUUAUUUAAAUAAAAAAAUUCCAGCAGAUGCUGCCUUCUUCUAGGGGCAAGGGUUGGGGGGUGCAGCGUGGAUUCUGAAGCCUCAAGAGCCUGGCCAUGGAGGGCAGUGGGGCAUUGUCCCCAGAGCAAAGGGUGCUUGUAUGCACAAGACUCUGCCCCCAAGAGCAGGGGGUGGGGAGCAGAGCUGUGAGACUGUGAGGUCUGGCUAUGGACAGAAGCGUGCACUGUUGGUGGGCUGGUGAGAGUCACUAAGGAGGAGGUUGAGGGAAAGUGUGUGUCCUUUGCUAGUGUAGGUGUGAGGCCCUGACUGAGGGCCUUCCCCCCCAGCUGUGGCGGCUGCAGGGUCCCCGGGACUCCUUGGUCCUGGAGAAGGAUAGUCAGUGUGUACGUGAACUCCAGUGAGAUCCUGAAGAGAGAGAUGCCAUCUCAGCCUGAUCAGAUGGGUCACAAAAGGUUACCAGGCUGGGAGGAGGGUGUCAUGGCUAGGGCAGAAGUUUGCAUGUUAGAGUAGCCAAGGCGGCAACACUGCUGCUGGGCUCUUGCGGGAGUUGGGGAACCAGAGAGGCCUCACUGUUAGGAGGUGUGACACAGCGCUCCCCACUGUGGGCACUGGAGGGGGCGCCUGACUCCAGACCUUCUGAGAAGACCCUCAGGGCUGCUUCCUCCACCCCUCGCCAAAGAGGGUCCCCAGGGCCCUCAGAGUUGUACCUUGCAGCGUAGGAGAGAGGCAGCUAUCUGAGUCUGGAAGGCAAAUUCCCUGGGGCUGCGCAGUGGCGGCGGAUUGCCGUGUUGCCAGCGCUCCAGAGGGGAAAGUCCUCAGAAAAGGGCAGGGAAUCCGUCCCCAUCCCCAUCGGUGAUUGCCUAGUAGAUGCUGUUGCCAUGGUAACUGGCCUGGGAGUCCCGUUGCUAAGGAGGCAGCUGCAGCAGGCCUUGCAUCCCCAUGACAACUGCCCCCUGCGGCCCAGGAGGCCAUGGGUCCUCAGGGACCCACCAGGAGGCAGGGCAAAAUGCAGGCCUGGCAUCUGGGGCUAUGGGGAGGCCUUUGCAGACCGACAGCCACUGGGGGGUGGGAGGGAUUAGCUACACGCCCAGCCAACUUGCAAGGGGUAGAUCCGGGAUAAUUGCCUCCACUCAGCCCCUCGCUGGAUCCACCACAGGCUUGCACUGGGCCUUGCUCCUCCACUGGGGGCUGGAGCAAUACCAGUCACUAUCUUCUCUGUUCCCUGACUACAACAGGACACUUAGUAAGCACCUACUGUGUGCUGGGCACUUGGUGCUUUCCUGUUCUCUCAUUUCAUCCUCAAAAAAACCCUAAGGGAGGGCCUCAAUACAGUAAGCCCAGGGGCUCAAAGAGGGAACCUGCCUAGACCAGCUGGCUAGAAUGCGAAGGAGCCAGGGUGCACACCUGGGGUCUGGUGACUCAAACCUGAUCACUCCCAUUGGUGGCGUGUACCAAGGGCCGAGUGCCAGGAGCAGUCUGUCCAUGCAGGCAAAAAGGGGUGCACAGUCUGUAGAAAAUUUUUAAAACAGAAUAUAAGUGACUAAAUGUGGUUUGCUUUCUCUUACCUUUCACCAUCUCCAGCUAGCAGCAAUUCUGAACACUCAGUAAUGAUACACUUCUCCCCACCAGGGCAGUCAGCCAGCCCCUCCUUAAAAUGCCACUGAACCCCCUGCUUUGACUCCAGUGGACACCUGCCAUGCUUACAGCUGCCAGUUGCCCAAAGACACUCUCUGUCCUAGUGAGGUUAAAUCAGACUUGGAGUUUUUUAAAAAAACAUUUUAAAAAUUGAAUAAAAUCCCUCCUUGACUCCGAGUCUCUUCCCAGCUGCCCCUCCUCAUCUUGUCAGCCAAACUUCUUGAGAGUUGUCUGGACGCCCCACAUUCAUUUCCCUUCCUCUGAGUCACAUCCUCCUCCACAGCAAUCUGGCCCCCGCCUCUUCUGCACAGAACACGGUAGACGAGGUCCUCCCCGGCCCCCUGGUAAAUCUAAGGCAGAUCUCCGCUGGUUUUGUCCUGCUGCCCAGCCCACCCCAGCUUUUAGGACCUGCUUUCCUCUCACUGCUCUUUCUGUUCAGCCUCAGAAGAAAGAGCUCUUCUUUCUCUGGAGGCUCAGGGCUUCUGAGCCCCUGGCCAUGACCCCAUCAUCUUCUCUCUGCCCGCUUGCUUCCUGGAAGCCUCACCCGUACUCAUGGCUUCCCCCUCAGUUCAGGCGCACACAUGGCUCCUCAUCCUUUUCUGGCCAACCAUGGUCCUUUCAUUCUUGAGUUUGAAGUUUCCAGUGCAUCCAGAGUGAGUCUUCUCCAAUCCCGGCCCUCCCCUGAUGUGGCAUUUUCAAUUUUCUCUUGAGGGUGGAAUAUUUCAUACACACAGAAGAAGAUAUAACCAUAACAAAUACUUAAUAUUAAAAAUGUGAUAAGUAGCCAUACACCAAUCACUUGGUUUUAAAAAUAGAACAUAAGGCACACACUUUGGAAGCAUCUGCUGGUCCCCAAUUGUAUCCCUGUCUUGCUCUCCAAGAUAAACCACUCAGAUGAACUUUAAUCAUCCCAUUGCUAUUCGUGAUACUUUUUUUUACUGCAGAAAUAAAAUGUCUCUAAACAACGUGCUCAGUUGUGUACCAAGAUGGAAGGGAGGGGAUUGGAAGUAGUUGUCUUUGUGGGGAGGAGGGUUUCAUCAAUAAUAUUGUUCCGAAUCACUGAUGCAUGAGGAUAAGCAGCAGCAGAUUGAGUCUGUUUUUAUUAUUGUUUAAAAUUUCUCUACAAAUAACUCACCUUUUCAUUGCCUGCACCAGGGGUGGACCAUACGGCUUCCACUUACGUACACCACUGAAUGUUAUCUGUAAAAUUUUGAACUUUAUAUAAGUGGCAUCCUGCUGUAUGUAUUCUUUAGUAAUUUGCUUUUUUUUUCCCAUCCAGUAUUGUAAUUUUGAGAUCUUGUUGAUGCAUGGAGCAUAGUUUACUCAUCUUCACCGCUGUAUAGCAUUUCAGUAUCUGAAUAUGUCACCAUAGACAUAUUUGUUCUUCUGGAGACAGAUAGUCAAUCAUUUCCAGUUCUCUCUAUUACAAACACUGUUGCUACAAAUAUUCUUAUUUGUGGCUCCUGAUACAGAUACGUCGAAGCAUCUCUAGGCUCUGCAUCUAGGAGAGGAAGAACUGAGUCAUAGGGUGACUUAACCUUCACUUUACAAGAUAAUGCCAAGUUGUUUUAACUAGUUCUAACAAUUUACACUCCCACCUGCAGGGUAUGAGUUACUCUUAACCCACAUUCUUGCUAAUGAUUACAAUCAUCAGACUUUCUUAUUUUUACCAAUCUAGUGACAUCCAAUCGUGUUUUAGUGUACAGAUCCCUAAUUACCAGUAAGGUUGGCAUUUUUUUGAAUAUUCAUUUGCCAUUUAUGUUUCCUCUUCUGAGCAAUAUUUUUUCAUGUAUUUUGCCUGAUUUCCUAUUGUUGUCUUUUUGUUGAUUCAUAAGAGUUUUACAUACAUACAUCUGUUUGUUCAUUGUAUGUGUUAUAAAUAUCUUCUUCCAGUGUAUGGCGUAUAUUUUCUUUCUUUCUUUUCUCAGUGUUCUUUGGUGAACAGAAGUUUUACAUUUUAAUGAAAUCAAUAUUAGCAAUAUUUUUUAAAAAGUCUAGUACUUCCUUAGUGCCUUUUUUGCUGGUUUAAGAAACCUAUCUUACUCUGUUGUUAUAAAUAUAUUCUUCUGUGUUAAUUUUUAAACUGUGAAGUGUUGCUUUUCACAUUUACUUAACCUAACUGACCCAGACUUUGGGUAUGAUGUCAGGACACAGUUUGAUUUCAUUUUUGUCUUAUACAGACAGCCAAUUGUUCCUACUAAUUUACAGUGUCACUUAUAUGUCACAUCUGGGUUUAUGUCAAACUCUCUGUUCAGUAACAUUAGCUUGUCUAUCCUUGUUCAGACCAUCUUAGUUAUUGUAGCUUUAUCAAGUGUGUAGAUCUUAGUAGAGCCUGUCCUGUCACCUCCUUCUUAAACAAUGUCUUGGCUACUCUAGUCUCUGUGCUACCAUAUACUUUGUACAAUCAGUUUGUUAAGAUGCAUGAAGAACUCAUUGGACUUCUGCUUUGAAAUUACAUGAACAUUAUUAUUAAAAUUUGUAUUUCUAUGGA